UCCAGCGACCCGUCGGAACCAAUCCCGACCCGGGAGGCGAAGCUAACUCCCUACCUGGGCCCAGGUGCACCCCGCUCGGCAUCUCUCGGCUGCUCCGCGAAUAAAAUGGAGGGAGCCCGGGCCUCGGGGGAAGACCAAGCCGGAGCCGGGUUCCCAGUGGAGCCCUUGGGAAGCCGGGUCCCGGAGCUGGAGCAGCCCCAGGUCCCCGCGGAGGAAAGACGUCCUGAGAGUCCCGAGAGCAGCCCGAGUUUGGCUCCCGCAGUGAAGGAGGAGGCGGGCGCGGGCCAGGACCUGUCGCGCGGGAAGAAGCUGCCCUCGCCUCGACCCGCGCCCUUGCGGUUGCUGCCACCCAGCCCGGGCUACAGCGCCUUCCGCCGUAAGGAGUCGGCCAGCCCGCAGCCGCCGUCGCCGGGCCCAGCCGCGGCCGAGCAGCCCCGGGACGGCGAGACGCCGGGGGCGGAGCAGAUGCUCAGGGCCGCGCCCGGUGAGCCGGCUCGGGGCGCCUGGGCCCCCGUGGAAGUGCAGGUGGACGUGCGCGUGAAGUCCGUGGGCGCGGCCGGCGGCAGCCGCGCGCCCUCGCCAGCGCCCUCCACGCGCUUCCUCACCGUCCCGGUGCCGGAAUCGCCGGCCUUCUCCCGCCACGCCUCCCCAGCGCACCCGCUCCUGCGGCGGACCCCGUCUCCGGGAGGCACCUGGAGCCGUGGCACGCCGCUGGCCGCAGCCCAGAUGGAGCGCGGCCUCGACGCCGAGGGUUGGGCCGGUCCCGCCGAGGGGCGCGCGGAGUCCCCGGGCUCCCCCACGUGCCGCUGCCGCUGCAAGGAGAACGCCGUGCUCCACGCCGAGAUGGACGGCGACAAGAAGCUGUCCCGGGUCAUAAAGCUCAUAGGGCUGCCCAUGUACAUGAGGUCCCUGCGCUGGGCCCUGGCAGUCAUGGCCGUGCUCCUGGCGGUGUCUACGGUGGCCAUUGUGGCCCUGGCCUCGAAAGCAGGGGCCAGGUGCCAGCCAUGCCCCCAGGGCUGGAUGUGGUCCAUGGAGCACUGCUACUACCUCUCUGCCGAAGCUGAGGCCUGGGAGGCCAGCCAGACUUUCUGCUCAGCCCACCAUGCUACCCUCCCCCUGCUGAGACACACCCAGGACUUCCUGAGCAGAUACCCAGUCACCAAGUACUCCUGGGUGGGGGCCCGACGAGGCCCCCAGGGCUGGCACUGGAUCGAUGGGACCCCUCUGCCACCCCAGCUACUCCCGGAGGAAGACCAGCAAGGGCCGGAUCUCGACUGCGGGGGCCUGGAGGGAGGCAAGUUCGUGGCUUCGGACUGUGCCUCCCCCAGACCCUGGGUCUGCGCCAAGGGGGCCAAGUGACUUGGGUUCUGCCCGCCCUGAGCCUGCUGGGGGAGGCCAGGCUGAGAGCUGGGGCGGCCUCCCCCCGGACCCAGGCCUCCAGG